GGUUCUCCUUGUAAUUGUUUAUGCUUGUCUGUUAUCCCAAGGGAGAUAAGGUGAAUAGACACAAAUUCAUAAAAUCUCUACCAGGUAAUUGACAUUAAUAGUCUGUUCGUUAAGAAAAAAAGUAAUACUCCAUGUACAUUUUCUGCUCAGGAUUGAGAAGAUAGGCAAUAUUCUCCAACUUCCUCUCCAUCAAUGGCUGUUGAACCUCCAUUUUUCAAAAAAUACAAGGCCAUCUUCCAGAGCUCUGCUGAUGAUGAAAAGGAGAAAUUUCCCAUGGUUGAAGUCUUUGAGGAAUUUGAACUACCUCUGAUUGAUCUCAGCCAUUUGAAUCUUGGACCAUUUGAGAGACAAAAAUUCAUAGAACAGAUAGCUGAAGCUGCUAGCGAAUGGGGUUUCUUUCAAAUUGUGAAUCAUGGGAUUCCAGAAGAGCUUCUAGGCAGGUUGAAGCAUGAGCAAAUGAAGGUUUUUCAGCAGCCUUUCGACACGAAGGCUAACAAAAACUUUCUGAAUUUAUCAGCUCAUACCUAUCGUUGGGGUAACCCUCUUGCUACUAGCUUGAGUAACCUUUCUUGGUCAGAAGCUUUGCAUAUAUCUGUCAAAGAUAUUUCGAAAAUGGACGAAUACUAUAAUCUCAGGUCAACCAUUGAAGAGUGUGCCGCAAAAGCUGAUUUACUGGCUCAAAAAUUGGCUGAAUGUUUAGCACAAAAUUUGGGUAUUAAGCCAAAUUAUUUCCAAGAGAACUGCUCAUCAAGCUCUAGUUUUCUUCGAAUGAACAGAUAUCCUCCUUGUCCCCACUCUUCCAUGAUGCCUGGCUUUAUCCCUCACACUGAUACUGAUUUCCUAACCAUUGUGUCCCAAGACCAAGUAGGAGGAUUGCAAUUGAAGAGAGAUGGAAGAUGGGUUAGUGUUAAACCCAAUCCACAAGCCCUAGUUAUCAACAUUGGUGACUUAUUUCAGGCAUUGAGCAAUGGCAUUUACAAGAGCAUAACUCACCGAGUGGUUGCCAACAAAGAGGUUGAAAGGUACUCUGCGGCAUAUUUCUACUGCCCCACCUACGAAACUGUAAUAGAAAGCUGCAGCAAGCCAGGUUUAUACAGAAACUUUAGUUUCAAAGAGUAUAGAGAACAAAUCGAAAAGGAUGUAAAAGCUACUGGAGACAAAGUAGGGCUUUCUCGGUUUCUUUUGUGAAGGGAAAAUUCAUUAGGCUGCUGCUGCUGCCAUGACUGCUUAGCCACACAGUCCAAUCUUAUAGCACAUGAAGCUUAUUUGAAGUAAUUUUACUUAAAGAUUUUGUGGGAUUUCAACAGGCUGUUGUCGUUU